GCGCCGGUGACCGCCCCCGCCCCCAGCCCCCAGGGGCACGGCCUGCGCGAGCUGCUGGGCCGCCUCCAGCUGCCCGCCGCCGCCUCGCCGGACCCCAAGAAGGCGGCCGACGCGUCGCCGCUCUCCACCGUCAGCGCCAUCGUCGCCAAGACCUUCCCGCCGUCGCCGCUGCACAAGGCCGCCGCGCUGAUGUCGCAGCCGUCGCCGCGGCCGUCGAUGGACAACCGGCGCAACCUGCGGCGGUCCGGGCGCGGCGCGGGGGAUCCCCUGUCCGAGGCGCGCCUCAGCAAGCGGCGCGGGCCGCUGGGCGCCGCCUGGAAGCUGUCGUUCGCCGCCGGCGCCGGCAACCCGUUCCACCACCACCGCCACAACCAGCAGGCGCCGCACGCCGCCGGCUGGCGCAACGCGCUGCUCGGGGCCGCCGUCCUCAUCGCCGCCGCGCUCGCCUCCCUCGUCGUGGCCGGCGCCUGGCUCUACAUGUACACAACACCCGCGAGCCAUACAUCAAUGGGGCCAGAGCGAGUUUUCGACACCGGUGAGGGCGUGAGCGUGGUAGCGGGCGAGUUCAGGAUCACCAACGAGGAGUUCGUCCCGGAGCUGGCCGACCCGGGCUCGGACGACUUCUCGCAGCUCUCCAUGCAGAUCUGUCGCCAGCUGGACGAGCUGUUCGGGCGCAGCGGGCUGUCUGGCCGGUACAACGGCUCUGCGGUGCCGGCGCUGGAGGCAGCGCGGCCGUCGGGCGUGCGCGUGCGCUGCCGCCUGCUGCUGCUCUCCCCGGAGCCCGAGCCAGGGCUGGCCGGCGUAGAGUUCCUGCGCGGGCUCAGGCACCGCCGAGGGCGUAUGUGGCUCGGGGACUUCACCAUCGACGUCCAGUCCAUCGGCUUCCAAGCGGAGAGCGAGUCGGAGGACUCCCCGGAGACGACGACGGACGGGGAGGCGCAGCGGCCGCCGGCGCCGCAGCCGCAGUGGUCGGCGUGGUCGGAGUGGAGCGACUGCCCGCCCGCCAGCGCGCCGUCGCGCUCGCAGAGCCGCAGCCGGCUGUGCCUGUCGGCGGCGGGCGCGCCUCUGGAGGACAUCGAGCCCUGCCUGCUGGCCGGCGGCGGCGGAGACCUGGAGGCGCGCGACUGCCCGGGGGCGGGGCCCGAGGGCCGCGCCGUCAUGGCCGCCAGCGUCUUCGAGGAGCCGGCCCCGCCGCCCGACGAGGUCGUCGUCAUGGACCUGUCAGCUGGGAAUGAUGCUCGCCAUUGUGAUGAGUGUCGGCCAGGAGAGGUGUGCGUCGCCCUAGGCACGGAGACGCUGCCCCUAUGCAGAACACCCAGUGAUCCCUCGGACCCAACUGGUUGUGGUGGACUCUGUCAGCUGGGCACAGAGGUGUGCUACAAGUUGGACAUCGAUGCCUUCAGGUGCAUUGAUGAUUCUUUCUGCUUGCCCAGUGAAUGGCAAUGUGCAAAUCAACUGUGUAUUCCUGAAGUGAAGAGAUGUGAUGGUCAUAUGAAUUGUUAUGAUCACACAGAUGAAUAUGAUUGUGAAUGCAAUCUAGAGUCGAACUUUCAUUGUGGGAAUAGUACAUCCUGCCUUCCAACAAGGAAGAAGUGUGAUGGUGUAAUAGACUGCUGGGAUGGCUCUGAUGAGCUCAAUUGCACAAUAGCAUGCCCGAGUCCCCAGCAGUUUACAUGCACUGACGGUCAGUGCAUUCCCCGGUCACAAUUCUGUGAUGGUUAUGCAGACUGUUCUGACAAAUCAGAUGAGCCAUUUGGUUGUGGAGGGGAAUGCAAGAGCCAUGAGUGGGAAUGCAAUAAUGGACGAUGCAUUAUGAGGGAGGAGGUCUGUGAUGGAGAAGACACUUGUGGUGAUCUUUCAGAUGAGAAAGCUUGUCCACAGACAACUGAUGACCAAUCGUGAAACUGUAACUGUGAUUUUCUUUUCAAGUUAUCUUUUAGCCAUCAGAAAUAUUUUACAUCUUUUAGUUGUAAAUUGUGCUAUGACACCAAUUGUAAGAUCACCCUAUGCCAAAGAUGUAAUUUCAUAAAUACUUAAUGUGUGUUACUCUAUUUAAGGUUUGUGGUAAUUCUUGAACAAUAAAAUGAACAGUAUUACAUGUGAGACUAAGUAAAUACUCUGUGUAAUAUAAAAAUGAUGUACUUUAUCUUGUAUAGUAAGUUGUUUUUGUAAUUUUUUUAUAUUAAUGAGGUGUUGUUACAUGUUAAACCCACAGGGUAAAUUAUCAUUAUUUCUCAAAGAAUUCUAUACUUAUUCCUCAGUGUGUUCAUAAAUGAGAUGAAACUAUUUUACUUAAUAUAAAUGUGUUAUUGUAAUAAUUUUAAAACAUAAAAAUGUACAUAUGUAAAGUAAUAUAUAAAUGUAUUUAUAUGUAAAUUUAAUAUAUUUUCAGCACAGGUUUAUGAA